AUGUACUUGGCCGAAGAGGCCUUCCUGGCACGGCGCCAGGCUCUGUCGAUGAUGCGCCAUGUCUGGCGGAAUUACGAGACGCAUGCCUUUGCCAGGGAUGAGCUCAGGCCUGUGUCGGGCAAGGGCCAAGAUAGCUGGGGCGGCAUUGGCCAAACACUGGUUGAUGCGUUGGACACCCUAUGGCUGAUGGGUUUCAGAGAGGCCUUGGGCCAUUGGGGUCUUGUGCAGGUUCACAUAGGUUUCCGCGAGAUCUCAUGCGCUUGA